CUUGUUCUUCUUCCUUUCUUUGCUUUCCUCCCUCCCUCAAUCCCAUCGCCCUCUCUCGCCCUUCCAUCGGCAAACCAGCCAAUGCUCCUGUUCUCUGCUUGCAAGCGCGCAUCUCCUCCACCAGCUUCACCUGCGUCUUGCCCGGCCUUCUGAUUCCAGCCUCAAGCUGCCAUUGCGCGCGACGCCCGUCCUGAUUCUUACGUCAUCAACCUCGUAUCAUGUCUGACGGCAUUGCUCCAGCUGUUGACAAAGUCGGUCCACCUGUGCCUACAGCUCCCGAAGCUCAAGCUGGAGCUCCGACCAUGGCCAUGGACACAGACACUGCCAAGCCGGAAACUGUGAAUCUCCCAACUUCUCUUGAAAAGCCCAAAGAGCCCCCCAUCAUCGCUGAAACCAAAGCUCCCGAGGAGGCAAAGCCGACAGAGGAGCCUCUCUCAAUCGCUGAUGCCUUCAAGCUGGCUCAUAAAACCCCACGGCCCGUCGAAGUCCAGUCCGUCCCCGAGACUCCCGUCAAUCUGGCGACUCCCGUAAAUGGAUCACCGCGGCCGGAGCUGAACAUCCCCACUGAGCCAGCAGAGCCCGAGAAGCCACAGGAAGAGCCCGUCAUCAUCACUGAGGCCGAGGAGCCGCUGCCAACUCCCACGGCUUCCGCCCCCGGCAGUGACGUCGGCCCCGACUCCAUUGUUGACAAGCCCGUGACUCCAAAUGGCGAAUCGAAGCCAGCUGAGCUGAUGGCCGGCGCUCUUCAGCCCAGCGCCGCAGACGCCAAGUCCGAGACGUCGGAAACGGCCACUGGCGAGAAGCGCAAGGCCGAUGCUGCCGUCGCGACUGCGGUUGACGAGCCGGCAGCCGAAAAAGAAGAGUCUGAAGACAGUGAGCCCGCAGACAAAAAGGCCAAGCUUGACAAUGGCAACGGCAAGGCGACCAAUGGCGGACCCCGGAAGCCAGGCCGCCCCAAGAAGGACAAGAAGGCUGCUCCCGUCGUGGGCAAAACCUUGCGCAAGACCCGGAGUCAGGGACCUGUGGAGAUUUAAAGGCGAAACAGGCUGAAAAAGAAAAGCAACUCUUUUGCCGAAGCCUUUCCCUUUUCUCUCUAUCUCUUCAUUUUCAUUCUUAUCAAUUCUUUCCUUAAGGCGAAAUGGCUCGCUGUGAUUGAUGGGAGUGCUGGUUUCUUCUGGUUCAUCGCUGUAUAUUGUUCCCCACGCAAAAAUCUUGUGCCAAAAUGGAUGAAUGGUAUGACUUACAUGUUGGGUAUACCUGUAUCAUUGGCAGGCUUCAUUGUUUGUUUGUUUCAUUUUCUUGGUAGUUUUCAAUGAUAAUGGAAAAUUAAAGAUACAAAAAGCAUACAUGUACACAGCGAUCGAUUGCUGUUCUUCAUGGCAGGUUGUGCAAUGUACCUCGUUCUCGUACCUUAUGUUGUUGGCG